AUGAUGAAGUCGAACGUGCUCAAGUGUGACUUGUGUUGUUUCUCCAAAGAUGGGUUAUUCUUACUCUACGCAAUUGCAAAUAAAAUAAUUCUAAUAGAAUCUGUGUCGUUUCACUUAAGUCGGGUUUAUGUGAACAGCUACAAAGUCGACUCGAUUGAGUUUUCCGAGGAUCACAUUCAUUUCUUGGCGUUAGCAAAGGAGCAGGGGUGCGUCUGCAUCUACUCUCUGUAUAGCAGUAACCUCGUUAGCAUAAUACAGGACGCUUUCCAGUCCUACGUCUGUUCCUUUUUCCUGGGCCAGGGGACGAACAUAUUCAUUCAGAAGUAUGAGCGGAAAUGCAUAAGUAUCUACGACUUGAACGACACGGAGCAUUGUCUGGUUACCAUCCAACAUGUGAAGUCGAAAGGGAAGAAAGCGUAUUGUCUGAGCGAAGGACAUGAUAUCCUCGCCUGCCUAACCGAAUCGAACAAGCAAAACAGAAUAGCGUUGCUCUGUUUGCAGAGCUAUAAAGUAAAAAACGAAAUAAUCUGCACGAACUUCACUCCGAGUGAGAUAUUUUUCUCCCCACUGAAUGACGUUAUAGCUUAUAGUAAUAAAUACAAAUCGGUGCAUGUGUACAAGUCCAGUGGGGACCUACUCUAUGUGUAUAAUUUCGGGGCGAACUUAGCAUGUGUAACUGUCGCGUCGAACAAUAAGGAGCGGAAUGUCCUCUCACUGGGAAUGGAAGACGGAGUUGUCACAAUUCUACACCUGGAAAACUUGAAAGAAAUAAAAAAAAUAAUUUUAAGCGAGACGGUGAUAAUGAACGAGCAAAUGAAAAUAUAUAAAGAAAACACCUCCACGAGGAUUUUCCUAAACGGGGUUCUAUCGCCUGACGCGACCCCCCAAAAGGAGAGAAAGGCAAACUUUUCCUUUUACAGCAACGUCUCGGAAGGAGUUAAGGAAGGUGAAUACAAACUGCUGAAGUGUGAGAAGGAAAAAGGAGGUGACUCUGUUCCGAAGGGGAUAACGGAUGUAUUUGCUCCAGUGGGGAUCACCUUUUUAUCUUUCAGUUUGUGUGGGACCUUCAUGUCGGUCAUAAGUGAGAACCAUAACAACGUGGUCCGAAUUUAUACAACGAAGAAUUACACCUGUGUAGCCAUACUGCAACAGAAAAAAAAAAUAACCUACUUACGGUGGGAUCAUGUUCUGUACAAGGCAAGGUUGCUCAUUUGCACGAAUUCGCCGCACUUGUUUGUGUGGCUUCCGAACGAGUGCUCCAUCCUGGAAAUGCCUUGCGGGUUCAUGUGCAAAGAGGCAGAGUGGAACUGCCACGGAACGGCCCUACUGGCAAAGAGUGAGAAAGGUCUAGUCGUAUUUCAUGCAAAGCAGAUUGCACAUUCACGAUGA